CAAAUUUAGUAAGGACAUUGUCAUAGUUUAGGUUAUUUUAGGUUAAUUUCAAAUAUGAACAUUAUUUACUAAACACAGACAAAUAGUGUAUUUAUAUUUGUAACCUCGUGAUUCUAGCAAUCUUUUAAAUAUUAAGGGUAUUGGUUGUUUGUGGUUAUCAUUUGAAAAUGGCUAAGCAUCACCCUGAUCUUAUUUUUUGCCGAAAACAACCUGGCGUCGCGAUUGGACGCUUGUGUGAGAAAUGUGAUGGUAAAUGUGUUAUUUGCGAUUCUUACGUGCGUCCAUGCACUUUGGUAAGGAUAUGUGAUGAGUGUAACUACGGAUCGUAUCAAGGAAGAUGUGUUAUUUGUGGAGGCCCAGGUGUUUCAGACGCAUAUUACUGCAAAGAAUGCACCAUUCAAGAGAAGGAUAGAGAUGGAUGUCCCAAAAUUGUAAACCUCGGAAGUUCUAAGACAGAUCUGUUCUAUGAAAGAAAGAAGUAUGGCUUUAGAAGACACUAGCAAUAGUUUCUUUCUAGUUUUAUUUUAAAACUAGAAAGACAAUGGACUUUUUGUGUGAAUGAGAAAUAAUGAUAUAAGAAUGUUCCAAAAAUAAAAGGUGUUUCCAAUA